AAGCAUAGAAAAACCUUGACAGCUGGGAAGGAAGGUUCUCCUUUCAGAAACUGCUUUUCAGAACACAGUAAUCAUAAUCUUUACUGAAGGGAGACAUGUCAUUUGAACAUUUCAUAUACAAAGGAGUUAUAUUUCCUACUAAUGCUUAUACAGAGGAAUGUAUCCACUUUGCAGAGAAUGAAUUCCAAGUGCUUGAUGAUGACAUUUACAAUGUCACAUACCCUAAAUCAGGUACACACUGGAUGGCAGAAAUUUUGAAUCUGAUCAAAUAUAAUGGAGAUCCUACAAUAUGCAAAACUGUACCCGUUUUUAGUAGGUCUCCAUGGUACGAAACUGCAGAAGGCCAAACAAACAUGAAAGAUGUAACAUCUCCAAGGAUUAUUUCAUCUCACUUACCAUUUCAUAUUUUUGCCAAGUCUUAUUUCAAAUCAAAUGCUAAGAUUGUGUACACAAUGAGAAACCCUAAAGAUGUCCUUGUCUCUCUAUUUCAUUUUGCUAAGAUACUCUGCUUCUACAAAGACCCUGAAAACUUCCAGGAAAUGAUAGAAGCUUUUUUACAAGGAAAGACUUUGUACGGCUCUUGGUUUGAUCAUAUAAAAGGAUGGAUGCAAAUGAAAGAUGAUCCUAAAUUUUUCCUGAUCACAUAUGAGGAGCUCCAGCAGGACCUGCGGGGCAGUGUGGUGAGAAUCUGUAAGUUCUUGGGGAAAGAGUUAGAUGAUGCAGCUAUUGACUCAGUGGUUGAACACUCUUCAUUCAGAACUAUGAAGGAUAAUAAAAUGUGCAACUUCACACUUGUCCCACAAGAUUUUUGUGACCAGACUAAAGGUUCAUUUAUGCGUAAAGGAAUAUCUGGGGACUGGAAAAAUCAUUUCACUGUGGCACAGAAUGAGUAUUUUGAUAGAAUUUUUCAGGAAAAAAUGAAGGAUCUUAACAUUAAUUUUUUCUGGAAAGAGAGUUGAUAUCCGUUCUACAUUAUCUGUCUAUCGUUUUGAUUAAUAAAUAUGUUUAUUCAAUGUUA